GGGCGGCGCAGUGAAUUUUGAAACACUGUUUACACGUUGAAAUCAACUGCUGUAAUCGACGAUUUGUGUUGUAACAUUUGAAAGUACACUCGAGAGUAUCUUCGAACGUUCUUAUCAAUUAAAUUGCAACGACGAUCAGGUGCUAAAACACGCCGUCACUAUCAAUUUGUCGCCCAAUGAUGAAAUGACGAUUACUCCGUAUUAGGUGGCACCAUGUUAUAUGAAACCUGCUGGAUGUGCACGAUGGCGAUCUCUUAAAUUGGGAAGCAGUGUGCCGAUAAAGCCAGGUGACGUUUGCUCUUUGCUGCCUGACAAAUGUUGGUUCAAGAUCAUCUCUACAGACACAAUGCAGGAAGGUGAUCAAACGUUGAAGAGAAAGAUUGAUGAGGAAGAUUUGAAUAAUGAAGUGGACAAGAAGAAGGCCUGCUUAUUGUCGAGUAUGGAAGCUGUUGUGUCUCCUGACAAAACUUUGAAUAACAUUCUUGAAGAUAAGGAUCUACCAAACGAGCGUAUGGAUUGUCCCAUUAAUGGAAAUGGAGAACACAGAGACGAAGCUGCUUCAGUUUUGCAGAUCAAUCCUACAAGUUCGCCAAAGGAAAAUGAUAUGACCGCGACAAGUUCCAAGAUGUCAACAGAUUCUCAAAAUGUAAUUGAACCUCCUGUUGAUCACGAGAGUAACAAGAAGCGAAAAGUAAGGAAUAUUAAUUUAACAAAUAAAGCCGCGACAAAUGGUGAAUCAGGCAAGAAGAUCAAAUGGGAUUGCGACGUGCACAUUAAUGAUCAAAUCGGAGAAGUUUUGUCCCACAAUCCUCAGUCCCCCUCAGUUGCUGCGCCUCAAGAUCGACCGAGUGCGUCAAAUCCUGGUAGAGUACCCAGAGAAAAAUGUAUGUACGGUGCUCGAUGUUAUCGGAAGAAUUCUAAUCACAAGAACAACUAUAGUCAUCCAGAUGAUUCAGAUUACGACGAGAUUGACAAUCGGGAAGAAUGUCCAUAUGGCGUAAAAUGCUAUCGCAAAAAUUUACAGCACAAAGCGCAGUUUAAACACAUCUCCACGCCGCGUCGUCGUCGAAGAGCCGCCACUCCCAUGCACUCAGUAGUUGUCGAUACGUCUGAAACAGAAGCGUCAUCCGCGGACGAGUCUGUUGACGAGUCUGAUUACGAGCCGUCCGUGUAUACAGAAAGUUCGGAUGAUUGGGACGACAGGAGUGAAUUAGAGGACGAUACAACUGGCUAACGAUCAUCGAUCUUCAAUGUCAAAUUGGAUUCUAUAUUUUCGAAAGUGUCCAAAUUAUUGAUGUAAUAUAUAG